AUGGAGGGAAAGAAGUUAGUGUCAAGCUUGCUCAAACCGCGCAAGUCCACUCUAUCAUCGAGUGGCAUCAACAAUACAAGUAACAGUAACUUGGCCGACUCAUCAUCAUCGACUUCAACAUCAACAUCACAGCGUAACUCAACAUCAUUGGUUGGCAAUGGCAAUGGAACAUCAUCAAAUGGAAGACCACAAUCAACAGCAUCGACAUCAGAUGAGUUGACGGCAGAGGAGUAUAAGAAGCGAAACACCCGACAGAUACCCGCCAUAUUGCUCGAGGAUGAGACGGAGCGCGAGGACGAGGAGUACGCGUUCGACUUUGAGCGCUACUAUUACGAGUCGAAGGAGUUCAACAGGGAGACCGUGCGAGAGCUCGUGGUCAUCCCCGACGAGGUGACGCAGGACAGCGUGCAGCUCUUGCCCAAGGAGAACAGAGUGACCUCGGCACCAAACGACUUCAAGGCUGGCGCCAACCAGCACAUCGACGACUGUCUCGACUUCUACCUAGCGCCCAGCUACAGCACGCUCAAGACGACGACGCACCAGACGGACGAGACGCCACACACAGUGGUCACGCAGCUGAUGGAGAGGAGGAUCGAGGCCAAGCCGCCCGAAGAUACACAGCCCCCUGCAGCGCCAGCGACAGGCGGCGAGGGCAUCGAGUCGACGACGACCAUUUAUCAAACACCCAAUGUCAUCAUCAAGUCGGACGAGCCGGACGAGUUGCACAUGGGCUAUCUUGAGCGCCAGCUGCGCUCACAGACAAAGUCCGAGCAACAUCCUCGCAGUCUGUACUCAUACUUCACCGUCUCGGACCCGCCCAUCGUCACGCCCGAGCCCACAGUGUAUCCACGCGAGAAAUGUAGGACGAUACUAGUGGACUGCAAGGAGCUGGUGUUCAAGCUAUGGGACAAGGACGACGAGAGCGAACCAUUCUACUGCAGCCUCUACCUGUUUGAUAUCUCAAAGAAGGUUAGGGUUUCGGAGCUGUUCCACUUUGACUUCAACUCGGAGAAGACCGAGAAGAUGUUGUCGUCAGCUGGCAAGUCACCCCAGCUCACCAGCAGAGACGAGCUGGCCCGCACCAAGAAGGCUCUUUUCACCAUUGGCAAGUCCUCGCCAGACAUAUACCUCGUCUUGAUCGUCGAAAAGAUCCUCAUGGGCGACCUGGACGAUCAGGCUGAGCCAUAUAUCAAGCUGAAUCUCAAGGACAAGGAGAAGGAGAAGCUAAGGGAGCAGAAUAGGUCAUUGGCAUCAAGAUUGGGCUCGUAUAGACAGGCCUUUUGUUGGGGCUGCGUGCCAUUGUUUGGAUUGGAGGGCGAGUUGGGCGUUGGAGAGAACACGCACUUUAGACCAUUGUACAAGUAUCGUCCAGACUACACAGACGCACAGAUGCUCGAUUCGACGCUGGGCGAGUUCUCCAAGAGCGCCUCGACAAAGAAGCUCAAGGUCAUCCCAGGUCACUGCACAGUCGACAUCAAAGAGUUGACCAACUAUUACCGCACCACCGUUGAUCCCCUGCCCGGCAUGACCAUCGUCAAUCAAUCACUUGUGCCUCUCAAGUUCACACAGCAGCAGCAGCAACAGGUAUCGACUUCCCCAGUAGUGGCGGCGACUGAUGCAGCUGGCACGAUCACCGCUCCAGUGUUGCCACUCUCAAUGCCUGCGGACAAGAUAGCGCGCGAGGUACAGGAGUUCUCGCAGUACUCCAAGUUCGAGACCAACACAGAGUUCUUGCACAAUCUGUACAUCUACCCGACGUCUGUCAAUCUGAGCAACCGCAGUGGCAGCGUCACAGCACGCAACAUCACCGUCAAGGUGCAGAUAAUGGAGAACGACGAUAACGUGCAUUAUGAUGGCAUGAAGCUGAUCUAUGGCCGCAGCAACAACGAGAUGUUCACGACCAAGUACCACUCGUCAGUGUCCUAUCACACCAAGACACCUAUCUUCUACGACGAGGUCAAGGUGCGCCUGCCCAUCACGCUUACGCCACAACAGCACUUGCUGUUCACGUUCUACCACAUCACGUGCCAGAAGUCCGACAAGGAGAACGCGUUCGACCAGCCCAUCGGCCACGCCGUGCUGCCAAUCUUCCAGAACGGUCGUGUGCUCGCGGACGAGGUAUACAACCUGCCCGUGGCACUUGAGCUGCCGCCCAAGUACACCAAGGAGGAGACAGAGGCUGCCCUGCGCUACAUCGACAACAAGAAGCCGAUCUUCCAGGUGCGCACCAAGCUCUUCUCCAACAUCAUGACGACGGACGAGCAUCUAUCCACCUUCUUCAACACCGUCUCCAACAUUGCAGGCAGCUCGAUCGAGCACAUCAAGCGAGCGAUCAAGGGUCUGACGCACUGCCGCGUCGAGUCGAUCAAUCAGUUCUUCCCCGUUGUAAUGAACCAACUGUUCCGGUUGAUGACGGGCGCGCAGUCGGCCGAUCUGGCCAUGAUCUCAUUCAUUGUGAUUGGCGACAUCCUGGCCAUUGUGAACGAUGUCUCUUCGCUGGUGCACCAGCGCUACGCCAAGUUCGUCUUUACCAACGUCAAGGGCGCGUCGACGCCCGUCUACGACGUGCUCAUACGCACAUGGCUCGAGCUGAUGCGCUUCCAGGAGAACAACUCAGACAACAUCCUACGUUUCUCCAAGUUCUUCUUCUCGAUCAUUUACAAGUCGAUGGCAUUGCACCUGAUUGAAACGCGUAAGGUCAAUGAGAAGACGCGACGUGGACGUUUCACGGGCCUGCUGACCAAGCUUCGCAAACUGCUCUCCAUCCUGCGUUGGGAGGCGACCACCCGUGUCAAGCACACAUUCAAGCUCUCCAAGGAGCUCACCAAGUCACUUGGAACCUUCAUCUCUCAGCUGCUAGGCAUUGCCGACCGAGGUUAUGUAUUUUCAAUUAUUGACAGAGUUGUAGCAGACUUUGAAUCAUCGAUAUCCUCAGGCAAUGGCGAGUCAGAGGCAGAGAUAUAUGAGCUCAAGUUUGAGUUCUUGCGUAUCAUUGCUCAGAAUGAGUACUUUGUCCAGCUCAACCUUCCCCUCCCAUACCGCAUCGAUCCAUCCUUGAAGAUCAGUGCGAUACUCUCAACGUCCAGACACGUUAUCUCUGAGAUGUUGAUCACACAGGUUACGAAUGGAUUGGCACACAAGGAGGUGGUCGUAAGAAUGGACGCGUCAAACACGUUGAGAGACACACUGUCGAGGAUUGAGAUGGACACGAGAUGGCAGGAACCAGUGGCCAAGCAGCGCAUUGUUGGAGUGUUUGUGCCAUUCCUUUCAAGCGUCGUCCAGAACUGGAAUAACUUCAAGGACGACUCAUUCAUUGUGCGCCGAAACAUCUUGGUGUCCUUCCUCUACCUGCUAAAGAGCGUGCAUCCCAACCUGCUCAGAAUGUGGUGGAAGGAGGAGUCCAAGGACCGCUUUGUCGCGCUCUUUGAGAUCCUGACAACGUGUGCCGACCUGUUCGAGUUUGUCGGCAAGGACAAGCUGAUUGACCGCGCACUAGAGUCCACCUCGAUGAGGACCAGCACAGCCAAGUCCAUUCUGGAGGACUUCUAUACAGGCAACAGAGUUUCGCCCUACAGCAGCAAGAAGAUGUACAGUCGCUCUCUGCGCGAGAAGCGUGUGGACGCACGCAAGUCUGUUUUGGACUCGUACAACAGCAAUGGACACAGCAUCAACACAUUGACCAAGGAGAAGCGUGGCUUCACCAAGGGAAUGGGCACAGCACAGAAGAUCAACGUUGCCGACUAUGACGAUCGCCUCGAGAGCAACCUGGCGUUUGAAGCCGGCGCCAUCAUCCUGGACACAGCCGACGACUUUAUGUAUGAGUUUGAGCGCGAGCUCAAGCUGGGCGGCUACUACGACGUGCUGCACAAGGUGUUUGGCCUGCUCAACACGAUGCUGAUCAAGAACCAACCGAUCACACUCGUGCCCAAGCUCUACUUCACGUUGCGCCAGUUCGUAUUCAAGUUCCCCAAGUCGCUGUUUGAGCUCAACAACACGUUCUGCUCGGAUCUGUGCAACGGUGUGAUCCGCCACUGCAACUCGCCCAACAAGACGACGCGUGAGGAGGCAUCCGCAUUCACAUUCAUUCUGAUGCGCAAGAACUACGAGCAGACACGCAAGAACUUCAUCCGCACCAAGACGCAGUUUGUGAUUGGACUGUCCAAGAUUGCCGAGAAGGAGAUCAAGGAUGACUACUACCUCAAGAAGUCGCUCGACACAAUCAACUCGUACGCCAACAUCCAAGCCGAGAAGUUGGUGGGCAAGUCGUUCGCCAAGCAGGUGGAGGAUCUCACCAAGCGCAUGCACACCUUUGUCAUUGACAACAUCAAGAUCAGCAAGCACAAGGACGACCCCGAGAUGGUGGCCGACCUCUACAACCGUAUCGCCGACAACAACAAGAGCAACGCCGACACGCGUCUCCUCUGGCUGCGCAUCCUGGCCGACUUCAACAAGAGUCAGCAGAACUACGCCGAGGCCGCCCAGUGCUUCUUGCACAUGGCUGCCCUCGUCGCUGAGUACCUGACCCUGAUUGGCGCACCAAUCCCCACGAUCGCCGGCAGCAAGGCAUUCACAUUGUUCAAUCGCAACUCUGUGGAGGAGUCGCACGCACACAUUGAGCGCGAGGACGAUGACAACAACCAGAAGUACUCGCUCGACUACUUCAUGUCGCUGAUAAAUGACGCCAUCCUGUUGCUCAAGGACGCCGAGCUGUUUGAGCUGGCCAACUUGGUGUACAAGCUGGUGCUGCCCGUGCACGAGCACAACUUGGACUACGACAAGCUGGCCACAUGCCACGGCGACCUGCAGGACAUCUUCAAGAGGAUCGUUGAGUGCACACGCACCAAGUCUCGUAUGCUUGGCAGUUACUACCGCGUGGCCUUCUUUGGCAACAAGUUUGAGGAGCUCAACUCCAUGGAGUUUGUGUACAAGGAGCCCAAGAUCACACGUCUCGUCGAAAUCAAGGACCGUCUGCGCACACUCUUUGCCAAGAAGUACAGCGUACCCGAGCAGUCCAUCCAGAUCAUCGAGGGCUCGUUCGCCGUCGACGUGUCCAAGCUGGACCCCGAGCAGUGCUACCUGCAACUGACGUCUGUCGUGCCAUACUUCCCCGAGGAGGAGAUCGCGCAGCGUCGCACGCCAUUUGACCACUGCAUCCAUCUCAAUCGCUUCAUGUACGAGACACCCUUCACCAACACUGGCGCAGGCCAGGGCAACUCAGUGGCCGAUCAGUUCAAACAAAAGACGAUCCUGACCGUCCAGAGCCACUUCCCCUACACCAAGAAGCGCAUCCAAGUGACAUCCAAGCAGAUUAUCAAUCUGAGCCCCAUCGAGAACGCCAUCGAGUCGAUCGAGGGCCGCUCAGAGACACUGAUGAACGAGAUCAAGACUGUUCCACCCAACCUCAAGGUGCUGCAGCAGGUGAUCCAGGGCUCGGUGCGCCUCCAGGUCAACGCCGGUCCACAAGAGAUCUGUCGCACAUUCCUCGCCGAUGGCGCCAGCUACCCACAGAACUUCACAGUCAAGCUGCGCAAGGUGUUAUCCACAUUCCUGGGCACUUGCGCCGAGGCAUUGCAGUUGAACCGCAUGCUGAUCGAUCACAACACACAGGCCGCCAUUGAGUGGCAGGAUGAGAUGGAGUCUGGCUACCUUUUACUCCUGUCUGUUAUGGAGGGUUACCAGGUGGUGCCACCCGAGGGCAGCUAUUGUCCAGCCAACAGCAACAACAGCACACCGACACUCUCAUCGACACAGCAUCGUGCGUCACUGUCCAGCAGCCAUGACAGCCAGGACGUGGACGCAUCGCCACAUUCCAACAACAGUCCAAGUCUCACGUCAUCCAGUGUGCAGCCAGUGGUUGGCAGUCUUGCAGCAUCUCAAACAACAUCAGCCGGUGGCAACAACAACGGCAGUGGUAAUGGCAGCGUCAACAAUGGCAACGGCAGCAGUGGUAGUAGCAUAUAUAGGAAGUCAUUCACACAGAGGAUAUCAUAUUCUUUCAACAAGAAGGCAUCGGCAGAUGGUGCGUCGCCACCAGAUACCCAAACCUCAUAA